AUGAACCCGCCAACUGCAUUUACAUUGAUGAUUUUCCUGAUCGGAAUGGUGAAAGGACUAAAAAUGGAAUGCUUCUCGUGCAGAAGCAACGGUGACUGGUCCUUCUACAUGGAGCGAAUACCUGGCUUGAAGGGACCGAACGUUUCCGAUGUGCUGCCAGUUUCUCCUGUCGAAUGUAUUUUUGAUCCAAUGAGAAUAUACGCUGAUCGCACAUCUGUUGCGUGCACCGGCUACUGCAUGAAAUGGACAUCAGCGAAAAUUCUUGACGAUGGUGGCCUUGAAGUCAAUCUACUACGCGGUUGUGUUGAGACAGUUAUGGAACCUACCUUCAACGUUCCAGCUGAAGACAGGUGAGA